ACUGGCCGGGCCGCUGCCGCGGGCGACAGCUGACGCACAGUCUGCACGCUUCUCCCGCCGAAGGUGCCGGGCUUUAUCGAAGGCGCCGCCUCGGCAUCCCGACUCUAUUGCUUCGAUGUCCAACGAGCACGUCGUGGAAUUGCAGGCUCCAGGCAAGCCAUCAGUGGUGUCCAGAGACCGCUACUCCGUGACGCUGUCCUGGAAUCCUCCAGAGGAUCUACAGGCAGGCAAUGGAGAUCGCUCCGUCGUCUACACGUUGCAGAUGCACGACCGCGUUCGGGGCUGGGUUACUGUCUACUGGGGCCACAGAACCCGUGAGCAGGUGCGAGACCUGCCGCCUGGAGGAUGUGCCCACUUCCGUCUGCGAGCUUCCCUUGGCGACCGCCACAGCCCCUGGGGCGCCACUUUCGCCGCUAACACAACAGAGGACCAGGUGGCGGUGGUGAAACUCGAGCGAGCAGUGGCUGCUGGCAAGACGGCCGUCGUCAAGAAAGUGCUCGCAUCCAGGCCCAGUGCAGCAGAGCUGAUGUCACGCGGUGGCGUCUCGCCGCUGGCGCAAGCGUCGCUGCGUGGGGACGCGCUCACUGUGUCACUGCUGCUGGCUGCUGGCGCAGACGCGGACCGGGCAGGAGGUGGCGCCGGCCGCACGCCGCUCAUGCUGGCUGCUGCGCAGGGGCACCUUGACGUCUGCACCAUGCUGCUGGAGCGUGGCGCCAGCUGGGAUACCAAGGACUGGAGCGGGUGCACGCCGCUACACUACGCCGUCGACGCCUCCCAGCUGGACGUGGUCCGCCUGGCUCUCGACAGUGGCGCGGACAUCGAUGCUCGCGACAACCAAGGCUGGACACCCCUGAUGCGUGGAGUGUCUAUGGAGAGCAGCGAAGAGGUCCUGCGGGAGCUGGUGGGCCGCGGGGCAUCCCUGGACGCCGAGGACCGGCGCGGGCAGACGGCGCUGAUGCAGGCCGUGCUGGCGACGCGUCGCGACGCCGUCUCCAUACUGCUGGCCGCCGGGGCCGGCCGCAAGCGCAGGAACCUCUACGGCAACACCGCGCUAGACAUGGCGCGCGCCAGGAACCUCAAGGAAAUCGUCCGACUGCUGAUGAACGCUGAAGAUGAUGCCAGGAAUGGCAAGCGCAAGGCAGCUCAAGAGGAGAAAGAUCUGCAGCAACAAGACGCUCGACCAUCCUCCCACUCUGCUAUGGUCUUAGCGUCAGCGAAAGCGAAGGAAGUGGCCCUCUAAACCGAACGGUCAAAGCCAGGCGAGACGAGGAGUAUAUGAAAACUGGACACUGAAUGAAAACUUUUGAACAUAACCUUGCCGGUGCUUGGAUUUUAUUGCAAGUGCGACAAAUUGUAACUACAAUCAGCUGUCGAGUAGCAAAAUCAAAAAUCAAUUGCUGGCUGAUAUCUUGGAAGUUUUAUUUGGGAGUGUAAGGAAAGGUGUACUCACAGCGACGAUGUAUAAAUGAUGCAUCAUCCAAAUAUGCGAGAAUGCGAUUGUUAGUAGCGUAAGUUCGUUGGGAAACAGUUACAUUGGGGAAUGAAAGACGGAACUGCAUGAUAUGGAUCUCAGCGUUCUACUUCUUUUAAGAAACUGCAUCUUAGAACGAUUGUAAUAUUAGUCUAUUUAAAUUAGACACGCGGAUUGGCAUUCAAGUUGUACAAGGUGCGUUCCAUAAGUAAUUCGACCAAAUUCAUAAAAAAUCAUUUAUUGAAUAUAUUCGUACAAAUAAUCAAAAAUUUUCAAAAUAGCACCCUCUUGCGUCGAUACACUUCUGGAGGUGGCGUUCCCAUGCCUGGAAGGCAUCCUGGAAUGCCUUUUCUGGAAUGUCCUUUAGAGCUGAUGUAACAUGCACCUGGAUGCUUUCAAUCGUGUCCCAAUGUUUUCCUUUCAUGACUCCUUUGAACUGAGGAAACAAAAAAAAUUAGUGGGAGCCAGGUCAGGACUGUAGGGCGGCUGGGGAACCAAUGGGGUCUUGGUCCUGGACAGGAAGUCGUUGACAAUGAAGGCGCUGUGUCUCGGCGUCUUGUCCUGGUGAAAUUUCCACAUGUGCUUGAUGUCGCUCUGGCAGCGCGAGACCCUCCUUUUCAGUCUUUUGAGCACUUCCAAGUAGAAAGCUGAGUUCACUGUAGUCCCGGUAGGUACGAAUUCGUGGAGGACAAUGCCUCUGAGGUCAAAGAAGACAGUGAGCAUGGUUUUGAUCCUGGACUUACUCUUGGUAAGGGGCGACGAUGGGGUGUGCCACUCUGAACUCUGCCUUUUUGUCUCAGGAUCGUACUCAAAAAUCCACGACUCAUCACCAGUGAUAACUGAGUUUUAAAAAUGAGGAUCAUUUUCACACAUUUCCAACAUUUCUCAGCACCAAAGCACUUGCAUGCACUUGUGUUCGUCGGUCAACACUUUUGGGACGAGUUUGGCACACACCUUUCUCAUGUUCAAAUCUUCGGUCACAAUGCGGAAAACGGUUGUUUUUGACAUGUUUAGAGUUUGUGCUAUCAAUUGAAGGCUCAGCCGUCUGUCCGAGUUCAAACAAUCGCGCACCCGCGUCAUAUUUUCGUCGACUCGUGCGGUUGAUGGCCGUCCACUGCGAGGUUCGUCGGUGAUCUCCUCUCGGCCCUCCAUGGACGACUUGUGCCAUCGGAAAACUUGUGAUUUGGACAAGCAAUCAGUCCCAGCGACAUGCUGAAGUAAUGGAAACGUUUUGGUGGCGGAAUUCCCAAACUUAACGCAAAAUUUGAUAGUGUACCGUUGCUCUACCGAAUGAUCCAUUGUGCCGUGUUACAUAAACUCAAAACGGGGUUGACGGAAACGCACGUCAACUCGCAGCCGAAUGAGACAAAGAGCGUUUUGAAGCUAACACCCCCCUCCACUUAGUCCAUCCGGUAACAACACGCUGUGGUGUAACGUUGCGUCAGAAAAAAUUGGUCGCAUUACUUAUGGAAUGCACUCUGUAUCUUCUUCGGCAGUAUAAGCUCCUUUUACACGAUCAACUUUCUUCUCUCAACUGUCUAUCGGAGGCAAGUGACUUACUGCAGCGGCUCUGGCCUUUUAUUUCUGCACUAAGUCUCGUCUGUUUUUAGAGGUUGUUUUCGUUUACGCGUCAGCAUCAUAACUGUGUGUGUUGAGAGAGCUGUCUGCGGUGCAGUUUGGGACCUAAACAGUAAAAAUGAGACUAUGAAGGACUACCCUUUUUAUGAAAAAAUUGGAAUAUAGAAGUAAAAAUUAGGAAUAAGCAAUGACAAUGGAGUUUAUAAACGACCAAAGCAGAGUGCAUAGUAGAUAUUCUUUCCAAAGGUCUUGUGGUAAAUUCUCUAUACUCCUGAGAACUGCAAGAAUAGGGAAAAUGUCGUCCAAAUGUUUAAAAACAUACACAUUUAGUUGCUCGAGAAAAUAUAUACUUGCAAACACAUCAAACAAUAUACAUACCGCAGUAAGUAGAACCUUUUUACUUUAUCCUAUGUAUCUGGUUUUCGUGCUAAGUACCAAGUAACAUCGAAAAUUAUUUUUAUCGUCAAAUAAAUCUGACUUUUUAACUGUUGAAAAAAUUUUCAUCAAAACACGUUUCUCUAGUUGCGUCUCUUGUUUAUGCAUAGUCUAGUUUUUUCUGUAAAACUUAAAUAAUUUUUGCUUUCGGAUAUUUCGACCCUCUUGUAGGAGGUCACUAGUAGGAAAUGUGUGACGACAACAAAGAGCAAGAAGAUAGGAAAGCACAAAAUCUGUUUCUGUAAUAGGAGUGAAGUCUGCCAGAAUAGGUUAACUUCUAGUAGAUGCCGCCAUAGACCCACGUUCGUGCUCAUGCGCAGUGCGCAGCAUACUCGGAAAUUAGGACUCCGCACUCGGCACAGUCUAUACAUCACUGACACUCGCGACGUGGUUGGCUGCUGAUUUACACGCAUAAACGAAAGUCACACGCACUACGAGCAGACGACAUUGACUAGAAAGUCGCUCGUGUAAAAUAGGGUUGAUGGCUGUUUUCGAGUGUUGCUGUUAUGUUCAUUCAUAUUUCCUGCAGAAAGCAUAACUGUUGUUGCCGACAGAGCUAGUAGGAACAUGUGAACUUACUUGAAAAACUAUGUCGUACCUUAAACGUUUUAGCAAGUUAAGUCUCAGUUUAGCUCUUUCACGAAGCGCAGUGAUAAGAACAACAGCAAUUUUUUCCCAUUCAAAGCUAAUCAGACCAGUUCCUCAGGUCCACCUGAAGCAUGCUGUAAUAAUCGUACUUUGUCUCCUCCGAGUAGGUGUGUCUCGUUUUCUUUGCUCCUUCCAUUUAAAUAUACAUCCCUCUUUCUUGUUUGCCUUUUGAAAUAAUUGAAUAAAUAACUGCGUAAGUUUUCAGCACUUUCGUCGUUGAAAAUUUUCGUCACACACAUUACUUGUAAAUCCAAUACCAUAUUACAUAUUCUGUGGACGUUGGAGUCCUAUAACUACGUAACUGUCACAAUUACACUUGUUCCAUAUAUCAGACGAAACUAUAGUGAGCAUGGGCAUCUGAUGAUAUUCAUCAAAUGAGGAUGGAGUAGGGAUGUCAAGACUUUUUUAUGCAACUAUGUAAGUGCCCUUGUAGAUGUGUCAUGCGACAAGAACUUGAUUUUACAAGAGGCACAGAAAAUAUACUGUAUAUCAGCGAAUUGUUGCUUAUUCACUAAAUAUUUUUCGGCUAAAUUAUUUCCCUGCUUAAAAGACAAGAAUAAUUUCACAGUUAUCUUCAAACUAAAUGUAACUGAUAAUGCGCGUGAUACAUUGUCAAGUUGAUGAACCGAAAUUAUACACAUCAUUAUUUGAUUAAACCUGCUAUGUAUCCAGCAAAAUGACAAAACACGUAGGAAAUAAAACAUUAAAAUAUUCACAAAAAUAUUCUUAUUCUUACACCUGUAACAUAAGGUUUAUAGAGAAAGCAAAAUCUGAAAUAUGAAAAAAAUGUUUUGGGUUCAACAAAUAUAUGAUCUGACUAACAUUCCCCAAAAGCUAAAAUGCAAAUUACUAUUUUUUUUUAAAAAAAAGCUUAUUCAAUUUCGCUGUCGUCUGUAUCUCUGCUGACAAAUAUCACACCUAUUUGUGUUAAUGGAUAUCAGAUAUAUUGCAUUGUUUCAUGUAUUCCAGUUUUUAACUUUGUCUUGUGUAAAUGAAGUUCAACAAAUAUGUGUUGGAAGCUACAUCUUUGUGUUGCUUGUGUACGUUUACCCAGGCCCAGAAUUAGACUGCGCAAAUGUGAGAAACCUCCAAAAACGACAGAGAUCUUUUCAAUUUUGACAAAAGUUGCACGCCACAUUUGUCCCAAUGAUAGCUUAAAAAAUGGCGUGUCCUCAUCUUGAGUCAUUCAUUUGUCCUCGAAGAAGUGUAUUGGGUAUGAAAAAGAAAAAUAAUGAAGUGCAUAAUAAAGUAAUGUAUUUUAUUUAUAUUAAUCAAUAGGUUACUGAAAGCCCGUUCAACUCUGAUUGUAAUUGCAGGAACUGUAAAAGAAAAUAAUAGAGCCUAUUUUGUGACGGGCAAAAACAUUGUAUGUCUGUCAAUAAUAUCAGUGAUUGGUAGAUUUGUAGGUAUCGUGCCUUUACACCCAGAAAUCAUAUUACAUUGAUGCUUCAGGUAAGAAAUUAUCAAUAUAAUAAAUAUUUUGGUAUUUGUGAUAAGGAUGAAAUGUAAAUAAACUAAAAGUUGUAACAUGUAUCUGAAUAUCGGUAUUACAAAGAAAAACUUAAAAGAAUAUAUAUCUGUAGCGAUGAUAAUUGAUUGUUUAUAACAUUAGGUUAGAUUUUAUCCGUGAGUUUGCUUCUUAACUUGUAAUACCAUUGAAAAAUACACUUCUGUUUCAUCAGAA